GCGAGCUGCCUCUUUCUCUCUCAUCCCAGGCUCCGGGUGCCAUCGUCGGGGGUCUGUGUGGCCGCUUCCCACGCAAGAUGCUCGCUUACCGCCGGAUAAGGUGUGGGUUUCUCGGUGUGGCACGGAGGCUCACGUGUCUCCUCCUCCUCCUCUUCAUGCUCUUCACCUGCACGAGCGCGCAGAACGUUGACGGCAAGGAGGAGGUGGAGGAGGAGGAGGCUUGUCCCAGGGGUUACCACGGCAACGACGACCUGCCCGGGUACGACCUGCUGUCCGGCCUGCGGGGGGCGUACCGGCUGGGCCCCCGUGCGCCCCAGCGCGUGGCCGGGUCCACGCCACUGCAGGUGGCCUACCGGCUGCACCGCGGCGCCAUGCUGCAGAUGCCUACACGGUCCGUGUACCCGAGGGGCGUCCCACGCGCGUACUCGCUCGUCUGCACGUUCCGCACGUUGGGGGGCAGCCCCCCGCGGGGGCCCUGGUUCCUGUGGCAGCUGACGGACGCGCAGGGCGGCUUGCAGGCCGGUGUGCGCCUGGACCCCGCCACGCAGACGCUGAGCUUCUCCGCGCUGGGCGAGGACGGCUCGCUGCGCUCCGCGUCCCUGCACGGCGGUGCCGCCCUGGCACGCCUGGCGGACGGCGCGUGGCACAAGCUGGCGCUGGGCGUGGCGGCGCACGGCCACGUCUCACUGAGCGUCGACUGCGGCGCCCCCGUACAAGGCCUCCUCGAGCCCCCUGGCCCGCUCGCCCGCGUGCCCCCUGACGGGACCGUGCACGUGGGCUCCCUCGUGGGGCAGCCCGGCUCCUCCGCCGCGAUGGACCUGCAGUGGAUGCUCCUGCACUGUGACCCCGGUAGGGCCGCACGUGAGACCUGCACUGAGCUGCCAACACCUCAACCGACAAUUCCUGGACCACAAGGACCGCCGGGGAUUCCUGGAACCGAUGGAGUGGACGGUGAGAGAGGACCGGUAGGACCACAAGGAAGAAAGGGUGCCAAAGGCGAGUUUGGACAGCCGGGGCCAAGGGGACCUCAGGGCCCACCCGGCCUACCUGGCAUUGACGGCUUGGCCGGUCCUGAUGGGGCUCCUGGCCCAGUGGGGCCUCAGGGUGUCCGGGGCGACGUUGGGAGAGCUGGGCCUCCAGGACCGUCUGCUCCCCCAGGGGCUCCGCCUCUUGGAAGGCCAGGGCCCCCAGGCUUGGCGGGUGAGAGGGGCGACCAAGGAAAAGAUGGACCCCGUGGUCCCCGAGGUCGUGUUGGCCUCCCUGGGCCCCCUGGACCUCCUGGCCCCAUUGGAAAAAGGGGUCCACCCAGCAAUUUGGAACGCGACGGAAGUGGAGUGGGAGUGUGCCCCAUCGAGUGCCCCGCCGGGCUACCCGGGCACCCAGGCCUGCCGGGGUUCAAGGGCCACAAAGGGUGGAAGGGGGUUGUUGGCGAAGAAGGGAAAAUCGGCAGUCGGGGAGACAUGGGUCCAGUCGGAAUCAUUGGCGACCGGGGCACCGUGGGAUUGCAGGGAAAGCGUGGGCUACGAGGAAAAACCGGGGAGCCCGGGACGGUCGGAGACCAGGGCCUCCCUGGAAUUCCUGGCCUCCCAGGAAUUGCGGGCACACGAGGCCCACUGGGUGGCGUCGGCCAAAAAGGCUACCAUGGCGUAGAGGGCCCACGCGGAGAUGUUGGUGUAGAGGGGCCAAGUGGAUUGCAAGGGCAUCAGGGGGUGAAAGGGCAGUCGGGCAUUAAUGGUGGGGAUGCACGAGAUGGAAUUCCUGGCAAGAAUGGAGAAAAGGGCGAUGCUGGGCGCCCAGGUGUCCCUGGGGAGAGGGGCCCCGGAGGAAUCCCGGGUGUACAAGGCCCCAAUGGUAUCAAGGGAAACACCGGGAUUCAGGGUGACCCAGGACCCAUGGGUGGCAUGGGGCCUCAGGGCAUCCAGGGUGUCGCGGGAGAUCAAGGAGACGCUGGGGACAUUGGUCCUGUUGGCGGCAGGGGUCCUGCUGGCCGGCCCGGACAACUGGGCCCCAUUGGGCCUCCAGGAGAGCCAGGCGUACAGGGUCCCUUGGGUGACCCUGGAGUGCUGGGCUUGCCCGGAGCUCCCGGACCCCUCGGCAUGAAGGGUCACAAGGGAGGGCGAGGAAAUGGCGGCCAAAAGGGAGACCCUGGUUUGGACGGAGGCUCCGGCGUCAGUGGGGAUGACGGCGGUAAGGGACCCGUGGGAGACAAAGGCCAAAAGGGGGCGCCGGGGCCCCUGGGUGAGAUGGGCCCUGGAGGAGCCAACGGGCCCCGUGGGGAGCUGGGUCCGGAGGGGAGGCCCGGGUCUCAAGGCAAGACGGGCACCGAGGGGGAGCCUGGGGUCCCCGGACGCUCGGGCCGACCGGGGCCUCCCGGCCCGAUCUCCAGCGAGCAGAGAAUCCGCGAGCUGUGUACACGCAUGAUGACCGACCAGGUGGCCCAUCUCUCCUCUAGCCUGCAGCGACGUGAGCUUGGAAUGCCAGGCUUACCUGGGCCCGCUGGCCCUCCUGGGCCGCCCGGCGACAUGGGAGCCACCGGCCUGCAGGGCCCACGUGGCCCGCCCGGCCUCAAGGGACCUUGGGGCAUCAUGGGAGACACAGGGCCCAAGGGUGAACUGGGCACUACUGGCGACAAAGGAUCUGUAGGAAAGGCCAUUAAAGGUGCUGUGGGAGAUCCAGGUCCUCAAGGUGUUCCGGGCCCUGAGGGCGUGAGCCGGAAUGGACGAGAUGGGGCAGUGGGCGACCCUGGCGAUCCGGGACGGGUCGGACUUCAAGGGUCAUCCGGUGCGGCCGGGACGGCCGGAAUCUGCGACAACUCGGCGUGCGUGCCCCAGGGGCCGCCAUUUAUCAUCAUCAGCAGCAACAAGAACCACGGCAGCGGGAAGAGCAAGAAACGACGUCACGCAGCGCCGCGUCACACCCGGUCAUCGCACUUGGCGUAGACGUGCGACCCUUGAACCCUGCGCCCCGCACGGCCAGACCCCGAUGACCCCAUGAGCUCAGCACGAACGGCCGCCCCUCUCACGUGACCUCUGCCCUCCCCUUUUCAUAUUCCUUCUGGCUUGCCUUCAUCACAAGCACUGCUGAUUAUUCCACUGCAAUAUUACUCUCCUCCACAUUUUUCCUACUUCCCUCCUUGACUUAUUUCCCAAAUUGUCUCUCCUGUCCCGCCCGUGCUCAUCGAGUAUUCCCCUCCACCAUCUCGUUUCCUCCCCUCAGUCUUCUCCCUUCUUUUUUUGUCGUGCUCUGUGUUCUCCCGAUGCAUGAGCACGUCCCGUAGAAAUUGGAGAAUUCCCAAGCGUGGGAGAGCGGUUGCGGUGAUGGUGAAUGCUUCACGCUCAGCGGGAAGAGAAGGUGAUGGAUGCAAGGACAGCGGCAGGGAUUCUCAAGAUUUUUCUUUUUUUAUAAAGCAAUGGUCACGAUGGGUUUUUUUUCACACACUGACCAGUAAGCUGUGAGUAAACGUUUCCCGUCAACCCAAAUAUUAGUGACAACUGUGAGAUGUUAAGCCUAUGACCCCCUAAAGAGUUUACUUAAUUGCUCUCCGAUGCAUUGUCAAGGUAUACCAAGUUACAACCGGAAAAUGUAUCGAGAGCUCUACAGCACAACCGCUAAAAGAUACGCAGUACUAAGAGUUUACUUUGCUAGAACCCUCAUUUUUUUUCACUCCUAUGACCUACACACACGCACAGUGAAGUAAUCAGCUUUCCUGUUUGGUGCUAUACUCGUGUAUAUUGUUAAUACUGAAGUAUUGAUUUGUUAAGGAACGAUGGCUUGAUGUGUUGAAAAUUUCUGGAUUCGAGGUGGCCCUGGUGGCUCAGGGAGGCUGACACUACAGCCCUCAUCAGAGCACUGAGCCAGCAUCAUGGAGACGCUGGGUUCAACUCCCGGGUCUCCCAGCCGAGAUUAACGCAGGCUCUCAAGUGGAGGCGCUUAAUUGGUUUAGCCCCGUCAUCGCAAUGGCGCAAUUUUUUUUUAAUGUUUUGGGUUUUUACGUUUAAUUUGGUCGCGCCCAGCACUUGUGAGGGCUUCGAGUAACAGAAGAUGGGCACAAGGCAAAUCAUUUACAUCCGUGUGGUUGAAGGCACCGUGCGGAGUGGUGGUGGUUUAUUAAAACUUUUCAAGGAAGGCAAUUGGAAUAUUCCUGAAGUUUGAACGUGACUGACAUCAAAAACAAAGCCCCAGAAUGGGUUUGCCAUGUACCUCGCCACUGAUAAUGCGUUUUGGGCCUUUAAAUUGGUGACAAAAUUACAUUUUAUUUGAAAUGUAAUGGAUAAAAUGUAUUAACUUGGAAAUCGCCUGUAUGCUAAUUAGUGCCUUGUGGGGUUUUAAAUAAAAAAGUGUUACAUGUGGACUAAGAACA